AUGUUAUCCAAAGCAUCAACAGCUGAUUCAUCCAAAGGUAAAAAGCGUGUGCAUAAUGAUGCUUCAACAAAAGAAAAUCGAUUAAACAAAUCCAAAAUAAACAGCAAUACAACAUUACCACUUAUCGAAGAGAAUACAGAUGAUGAUACAUCAGAUGAGGAAGAUACACGAGCAGUUGAAUCAGCUACGCAAUUCGAAGAUUUGAAACAGAUGAUUAUUAAUUCUGAAUUUUAA